GUAAGAGAAGACAUUUUGUGGAAAGAGAGUUGAGAGGAUACACACCAUUCAAGAGUGGAAGCAGGGCCCGAGUGUACGGUCUCUUCAGCAUUAACGUUAUCCGAUGUACAUGUAAUACCGAUAAGGGGCAGUUUAAGACGGUUAAUUAUUAUAAUUUAUUUCUGUAUUCUGACAGUCCCUUGAUUUUAACAUUAAAUAUCUAGUUCCGUCGGUUUGGCGGGGCCAAUCACAUUCAUCAGUUAGUUAGCUAGCUAGCUCACGAUCCACAUUGCUUGGCUAGCAAGCAAAAAGCUAGCGGUUAGCUAGCAAGACACCAGAGUUCACCGGCGAUAUCUCCCCAUUCCUCGGCGAGCAGACCCACUGCAGAGACAGAAUGGCGUUGAAACGAAUUCACAAGGAGUUGACUGAUUUGGGCCGGGACCCUCCAGCACAGUGUUCUGCAGGACCAGUGGGGGAUGACUUGUUUCAUUGGCAAGCUACUAUUAUGGGACCUAAUGACAGUCCUUAUCAAGGGGGCGUAUUCUUCUUGACCAUUCAUUUUCCUACAGACUACCCAUUCAAACCGCCUAAGGUUGCUUUCACCACAAGAAUUUAUCACCCGAAUAUUAACAGUAACGGCAGCAUCUGUUUGGAUAUUCUAAGAUCACAGUGGUCGCCAGCAUUAACUAUUUCUAAAGUUCUCUUGUCCAUUUGUUCACUGUUAUGUGACCCAAACCCCGAUGACCCGCUAGUGCCAGAGAUAGCUCGCAUAUACAAAACAGACAACGAAAAGUACAACAGAAUAGCUCGGGAAUGGACUCAAAAUGAAUUGGCACCCCUCAUCCACUCCCUGCCGUCUCAGACCAAAUUAGUUCUUUUGUUCAGUUGUUUUGUGUCCCUUUUUAAAAUGUCAUGCUACAAAGAAGGAGAUGUCAUAGCAAAAUCACUUUUUAUUCAUCUUUAAUAAUAUGCCCUUGGGUCUAGACUAUAGAGCAUGUAUUAAACUCCCAGGCACUUCUUAAUGACGUUAAAAGAAGACAAUAAAAAGAAGCGGAUAAGUCAUCAGUCGCUUUUAACUCACGCCACAUACCGGAGGUGCUAUAAAAGAAAAAUACAGGAAAUGGUCCUUCAUGAGCGAUCUAUUGCUGGGUUGGCAGUCACAUUUUUAUAAGCUUUUACAAUAGCAAUGAUACAGUCUGUGAAAUGUAAUAAUACUCUUGCUUAUAACUGACUGUUUAAGUGGACAAAGUUAGUCCCAUUAUUACAUCAGCAGUUACAAAGAAUAUGAAAUCUAUUUUAUGCAUGUCAGUGGGGACAAGAAGUCAACUGGUGGUUCGCUGAAAAAGGCUCUUUGCUAACAGUGUUAAGCCAAAAAGGCGUGUCCACUUAAUUUGAGGACUUUUAUUUUGUUAUUCCCUUCCCUGCCCCCCACCCCAUUGUUUUUAAAUAAGGAGAUCACCUUUCUCCCCGACUCACACUGUUUGCUUGUUGCACUGAAUAUAUGAUUCGAAGCUCUUGAUUGAUGACCGAUCAGCUAAUAGCUCUACUAGCUGUUGAUUUUGUUUUCUCAAUAAAGUUGGUAAAAGUACAAUACAACAA